AUGUCCCCUACUGCACUUGCUACCCCUCCCAGCUUCUCACAUAUCAAGAUGGUCGCUUCCGAUCUUGAUGGCACUCUUAUUGUUGGAAAGAAUUUCAAUGGUGGUAAAAUGACUGAUCGUACCGUCAAGGUUCUCCAAGCAUUGGAAAAUAGAGGUAUUCCCAUUGCUAUGGCUUCUGGUCGUCCUCCCAGAUCCAUGGUUCCUUUGGUCAACCAAGCUGGGCUCAAGCACCCUUAUAUCAUCAGUUGUAAUGGUGGUAUUGUUCUUGAUAGUGUCACCAAGGAAGUGAUUCGCAAGUACUCUAUUGAUACUGAAGCCGUUCGUGAGUUGAUCAAGGAAGUAAAGGCUCAUUUUGGUAACGAUGAUAUUCUGAUCGGUGGUGAGUCUGGCACCAGCUUCCGUUGUGAAGAAGCCUAUGCUCAAAAGCGUUGGGAUUGGGUUGGCAAGGUUUACAACCGUAUUGAUGAUCUUCAUUAUUUGGCUGAUGAAAACAACUCUAUUGAGAAGCUCAUGAUUUUGCAUCGUGAGUGGCCUGCUGAUGAAUUGUUCUACUAUCUUCAAAAGAAUGUGCUGACCGAUCCCAAAUGGAAGAGCAUGAUCCACUAUACCUUCUCCAGUCCUUACUUUGUCGAAGUCUCUGCUGUUGGUGUGUGCAAAGCAACUGCCCUUAAGGAUCUCGUCGAUAAGCUUAAUGUCAAGCCCUUUGAACUCAUUGCUUUCGGUGAUAUGCCAAAUGAUUGUGAGAUGCUCGAAUUUGCUGGUACUGGUGUUGCUAUGGGCAAUGCUCAUCAGAGUGUCAAGGACAUUGCCGACCUGAUUACUGCUGAUAACGACAAGGAUGGCGUCGCCGUCGUUUUAGAGCAAGUCAACGAGCAGCUUUAA